AUGACACUGGCAUGUACGCUGUUAACAUCUGAACAAGAUUUAUCGAAUAUAAAGGAACAUGUAGACAUAUCAACGUUGAACCAAGAUUUUUUACUGGAAAUAUUGUCGACGUUUCUUUUGCGACUAACGCGUCUAAACGACAAACGACAGGAGGGAAAAGAACCUAAUGAAAUUCCAUAUUCAGCGACAAGUUUAAAUAACCCGAGCUUGGUGUUUUCAGCGAAAAAUAUUCCGUCGAUUUCGAUAUACUCGUAUUUGCAUCGCAUUCUAAAAUAUUGCCCAGCAACAAAUGAUGUAUUUUUGAGCCUUGUAAUAUAUCUUGACCGUGUUGUACGGAAUUUUAAUUUUUCUUUUUUGAUUAAUAGUUACAAUAUUCAUCGCUUUCUAAUCGCUGGGUUCACUGCUGGCAGCAAAUUUUUUAGCGACAUCUUUUACACCAAUAUCCGAUACUCCAAAGUCGGUGGGAUUCCCGUGCAGGAAUUAAACCAUCUGGAACUGAAUUUUUUUCUGUUUAACGAGUUUAAUUUGUUUAUUACUCUUGAAGACUUACAGUCUUAUGCAGAUUUAUUGGUCUCUUGGCACUCUCAUCGUACGUCUCCCUCUCCAGUCCCCUCCUUGACGCCUACCGCAAGCCAACCCGUGUACCCUGUUUCAUCUACCUUCCAUACUUCUCCUCCUUAUGCCAAUUCUCCUUCCCAGAACGAUUCCACAGCCCAUUCCUCUGCACCAACGUUUCCCACAUCCCCAGGACACAGGGACUCAAAUCAGCUUCGAUCCCCAAACAAUCCUCAACAACAUCCAAAACAGCAACGUGAAACCACUCCCGUUUACUCUGCCUCUCCUCGUCGGCCCACUGUGGACCAUAAACUAUUGUCGUCCAAUUCCUUAGGCUAA